GUCUAACUGGAGGUGCUCUCGAAAUGUAGGCUAUUGAAAACAAAGAUUGUCUUCAUUUGGUGAUUCGUGACAUUUCACUGGUUAAAGUGAAGGACUGUCCGUGAAGCAUGACGUGAAGGUAGACUGCUCAGUUCAGUAGAACUAUGGCACAGCAGUGCCCAAUUUGCCUGAAGCAAUUUACCUUUGCCUCCAGACUUCAACGCCAUCUUCUCAUGCACGAAGGACAGAGGCCCUACUCCUGUGUGCUGUGCUCAAGAGAUUUCUGCCAGUCGGCAGAUCUGAAGAGGCACUUGGAGACCCAUGUGAAUCUCGGCCCCAAUGCAGGAACCGAUGAAGAGGUGGAUAUAUACCCGCCGUCAACAACUACAACGGAUCUGUCUGUCCACGACAGCCACCGUUUGGAAUCUAGUCAUGACAACUACUCGGAUUAUUACAAUCUCAACGGACAACCAGAGAUGACUGGCAGCAUAACUGACCCCUGGAAUUGUGACAGAUGGAAUUACACAGAGGUUUGCACUGAAAGUGAAAAAAUGAAGGAAAAAGGGUUCCGUUCUUCUAAGAACCCCAACAAACAACCCAGGCAAGGCACUGUUACCAAGGGAAAGCCUCAUCAGUGUCUGGUUUGUUCAAAACAUUUUGGUUCUCCAUAUAAACUGAGAAGACACCAGCUCAUCCAUACGGGCGAGAGACCCUUUAAGUGCUCUGUCUGUGACAAAGCAUUUACACAGCUGUCCCACCUGAAACUUCAUUCACAGUCUCACUGCAGAAGGGAGCCUGUGAAACUCCCAGGAGUUGUGUUAGAUCACCCAAAGAGUCCAACACAGAGUCGAUCAGCUGAGAUAUAUCCAACCCAGUUGCAUGGCAAGACUAUUAGUAGCCCAACACAGGCAGGCAUGCCAGAAGUGGCAAAGCCUCCCUGCUUCACACUUGCAGACAGCUCACCUUCAGAAAUUUGGGAACAAGCUCCUGCUAAGCCCUCCUAUGUGGCAGAAUCUCCAUGUGAGAUUAUACAGGUCAGUGAGCAGCAUCUUACUUUACAAGUAAAGGCCUCAUAUGCCUACGAUGACAUACCCUCACUUGGCCAAGCAACAGCUGAUAAACUUGGUGACUACAAAGACAAAGGUCAAAGGUCAGCUGUAUCACCUCCCAAGGAACUCAACCAAAGCAUAUCUGAAGCAGAAGUGCACAGCCAUUUAGAUGAUAAUAAUCAAAUGGUACCAUCUUAUGUUUCAAAACCAUAUGAAUUAUUAGAAGAAAGGUCAUCCAGAAAAGGUUCAUAUGAAUGUCAGACUUGUUUCAAGACUUUUUCAGUUCCUUCCAAGUUGCACAGGCACAUGUUGACUCAUACUGGACAAAGACCCUUUGUAUGUUAUAUUUGUGCCAAAUCGUUUAGGCAGCUGUGCCACUUGAAGCUUCACUUGCACACCAAAGUUUGCCUUAAGCAACCCAGAAAGUCAGUCAAGAGGAAAGUGAGGAACAUCUCUCAUAAUUUCCCUAAAGAAAGUGGAUCUUUGACCUCUGUGCCCAAAAAUGAUGCACACAACGAUGUGAAUGAUUGCACAACCGCUGGACAGAACUACUCUAGUUUGGGUGCUUGUGUGCCAAACUCAUUAGGUGUCAACAGGGUCAGAGGAAAACCGACAAAUUCAAUUGAGCCUAUAUCCCAUCAUUCUGCGUACCAUAGCCAAUAUGGGCCAAAACCUUCUGAACAUACGCCAGAGAAGAGUCGCUCAGAUUUACCUGAGACUGUCACUUCAAACUCCUGCAGAAUUGUCCAUGAAUGUCCUGUGUGCUUUAAAUACUUCAGUUCCCCAUCCAAGCUGAAAAGGCACUGCUUGAUUCACACAGGCCAAAGACCCUUCCAGUGCUACAUUUGUCAGAGGGCUUUUAGACAGCUUGUCCAUUUGAAGGUCCACUACAGGGUUCAUGAGCGAUCAGGAAGGAAGACACCAUAUUUGCAAAGGCAAGGGUUUAAAAACCACCACAUUCGAGCAUCAACCCCUCAACAGAAAGCCUUCAUGUGCAACCAGUGUGGUUGGAAAUUCAGACAUCAAACUCACCUUACUGUUCACCUUCACAGCCACAAGACCUUAGUUGGAACUGCACCUGUCAGCACCCUGAUAGAAACAUCUAAACACCAAAGUCCAAUGUCUUCAGAAGUACAGAAAAUGUACGAACCUACUAAAGAACUUAACCCCGGUCAGAGUGUAUGUAUUGGAAGAGCAAAUCUUGAUAAUAUUCCACGCAAAACUCAGUGUGACUCCAUGACCAGUGAUAUCAGAACGCAGAGACAAAGUCGCUACUGUUGCUCUGUAUGUUUCAAAUGUUUUGAUUGUCCAUCAAGACUACACAGACAUUCCUUAUGCCAUUCGGGACUGAGGCCAUUCAAGUGCCUGUUGUGCUCCAAAGACUUUAGACAGAGGGCCCACUUGAAGGUACAUAGGUGCCUAAGGAGGGAGGAAGAAACAAGGUGGUCAAAUGGUCAAAGUCAAUCUGCCAAGUACUGUUACCCAGCAAAAGGAGAUAAUGUCAAACCUGUUAGUGUAAACCCAAUGGAAGGAUCCUCCGAUAGAGAUCAAGUGGACCAUAAUGUUUCCUUGGAUUUUGUUAGGGGGAAAAGGUACCCUCCAGUCAUACUAGAACCCACACAUGUUCAGCAGAAGACUGCAGUAAACCCUACAAAACAGCAAAAGGGACACCCUUGUACAAUAUGCCAGAGGCACUUCAGUGUUCCCUCCAAACUUGCCAGACACUUACUAAUUCAUAUGGGUGUAAAGCCAUUCACAUGUCAAAUUUGUGGCAGGUCGUUUAGACAAUCAUGUCAUCUGCAGACUCACCUGAAUGUUCACAGGAGGAGAAAGUUUUCUGGAACUCUAAGAAGUGGAGAGAAUGCUGCUUCCAAACCAGGCCAUCAGUUUCAACCUCAAAACAACAGCCUUCUGAAAGUUAACACAGUCACAAAGCAAAACACGAUUCAGAGCGGUGCACCUCAAAGCCAUAGCUUGGAGCGCCGGGUAUCUGUAAAGGAAGCAGGAAGUAAAAGUAAGCAAUUGUCUCCAUCAAAGUAUAAUCAGAGUUUAGCAAAAAAUGCCUGUGAUGUUAGAUAUGCAGAGACGACUUCAGAUCAGUGGCAUGGAAGCACAUCUUCACAAUCUCACAGUUUCCAUACACAUGAGGCAAAUGGGGGACUAUUUGCUGAUAGAGAAGUUAAUAACUAUGCCCCUGAAUUUACCCCGACGCACCCGAUUCCACAUAGAGUACAGAAUAGCAAUGCUGAUGCAUAUCCUGAAAAUCAAAUAUUUAUUGACCCUUCCAGUAAUAAUACCACCGCACCGUAUAAGCAUACUCCACUCAGUAGUGAACGAGCAUCAUCGUCAGUGGGACUGCAGAAACCUGUUAGGAAAAGAGCAAAUCGCUGUUCAAUUUGCCUCAAGAAGUUUGACUCCCCAUCCAAACUGGCAAGGCACUUCCUUAUCCACAUGGGGCUCAAGCCUUAUAAAUGCCAGCUUUGCUCAAAGUCUUUCAGGCAGCUUUGCCACCUGCAGACUCACAGGAAGGUUCAUGACAAAAACACUCACAACUUGGUCUCUGGUAGUACACUAAGUCAGCCCACUAGUGGGGAUGUUGAGUCUUCAGGUAACAGUUAUGAUUCAGCUCUUCACCAAGGCCAGGGCCUACAUUUUCCACAAAUGGACAUCUCCCAUGACAAAGAUCAUCAUGAAAGUAGCCAGUCACUUAUGUCUUUUGCCAAUGAAUCUGGCCAUUCAGAGAUUGAUAUUUCAGAUAAUGGUUUUGGUAAUAUCAGUGAUCACAAGCAAGAAGCUAAUUAUUUUAUGAUUCAGCCAUUGGCACAAUUCCCGUCAGCUCAAAACAAGGAAGACUUUACAGAUUCGCAUCAAAACAUGGCAGAGGUGAUACCAAGUCAACUGCCUCAACAGACCCAUGAUCCCCAGGAUAUCAAACAAACCAGUACUUCCUCCGUUUUCCCCCCACAUACAGUCACAAAUGCCACACUGGAAUGUAUUGGAAUGAAACAGAAAGCAGAAGAAUGCCAUAGCGCCAAUCAGUUUGAAUACUUCAUGGAGAAGGUGAAAGUGUCUGGAGAUGAUGGACUGGAUUUGGCAGAGGGCUCUCAUAUCCCUAGCUCUUAUUCUGCCCAGGCACACCUGAAAGAGGAGGUUUUUGAGCUGCAGUUUGAAAUGGAAGGGGUGGAUAGUCGCCUGUCGGAGCCUCCUAACGACCUGCUCAUCUGCCCAGGCUGCAGUCGGUGCUUCACAACCGAGCGGAAGCUCCGCUCCCACAAGUGUGCGUCAGCACAAACUGAAGAGCUUGAGAAGUCCAAAAGUGGUUACCAGUGUGCUAUAUGCUUCAAGAGUUUUCAGGUGCCAUCUAAGCUGAAGAGGCACUAUGUCAUCCAUACAGGACACAGGCCCUUUCAGUGCUCGGUUUGUUCAAAGACCUUCACCCAGUCUACCCAUCUAAAGACUCACCUUCACACUCACAAGUAGGAAAAGGAGUCAAAGACCAUCAAAACACCCUGAAAUUAACCUUAAAGUAACAUUUCUAAAAAUGUCUAUAGGCUCAUUAUGUUUUUGAUGAAAAUAUAUUGUGGUCGCCACAUGUGUAAAUAAUUGGCCCUUUCUAAGUGUUUAUAGGAAAGAAAACAUAGUGGUUGAUAUUAAAAAGAAUCCCUUCACUAUUUAUUACAUUCUGCUUGAUAUGCAAGCAGUAGUUUUUGAGUUUCACAUUAUGACAUUAUGAUCUCUCAACCAUUGGUAUUUAUUUUCAUUUGCCUUUGUAUGAGUACACAUUUCCAUAAAAGAUAAUUUCCUGUA